AUGUGUAUCGCACAACAGCAAACGCCCUUCACACUGCCGAUGAAUACACAACUAGGAAACCGCACCAGCCAGGAAAAUGAUGUGCCUACCAACAAAAUGGAGGCUUGUAGGGGGCAGAGGACAAAGCAAAGGAAAGUGCUUGGGGUCUUGAAUGAAAAUGAGCUGCCCAGCAGAUCCUUGAACCAGGAAAGUCAACUCUCCAAACCAAGUUCCUUCUCGGACAGCUCGCAGGCGGCCUUCCUUAGUUGCCCUUCCAGCUCUAGCUUCAACAUCCAUGUCAUUGAGCCGUGCGAGGUUGUUCUCACCGCCUCUGGUGAGAUGGUGAACCCAGAGCCCCUCUUGCUGGAUGAGGAUGCUGCUGUUCUGCAACAUAAAGAUUUCGGGCUUUUCCUUGACCUGGCUGCAAGCUCAUGCGCUGACUCUUCUAUGCAGUCCUUGCCUGAUGAAUCACUGUUACAAGACACAUUGCAUUUGUCAGAGUAUGUGGAAGAAGUUCACCAACACCUGAGAGAGAGCGAAUUGAAGUUCAGAUUGAAGCCAGACUUUAUAAUGCACCACCCAGAUAUAGACAACAGGAUGCGGAUUGUCCUGGUGGACUGGUUGGCAGAGGUCAGCCAGGAGUACAAGCUUCAUGGUGAGACCCUCUAUCUGGCUGUCAACUACUUGGACCGUUUCCUGUCCCAAACGAUGUCUGUGAAACGAGGCAAACUGCAGCUGGUUGGCACAGCUGCCAUACUGCUGGCUGCGAAGUAUGAGGAAGUAUUUCCUCCUGAGCUGGAUGAGUUUGUGUACAUCACCGAUGACACAUACACCAGGAGGCAGCUGAUCCGGAUGGAGUACCUUUUGCUAAAGGUGCUGGCCUUUAACCUGACUGUGCCCACCACACAGCAGUUUCUUGGUCUUUUCUUGGUCGUCCAGUCUGUCUGCUCCAAGACGGAAAACCUCGCCCUGUAUGUGGCAGAGUUGAGCCUGUUGGAAAUGGACCUGCUGGUUCGGUAUAUCCCGUCAAUGGUGGCAGCUGCAGCCUACUGCCUAGCCAACUACACUAUCAACAAAGCUCAGUGGCCAGGUGCAUUACAAGAUUUUACCGGUUACACAAUGGCUGAAAUUGUGCCCUGCUUGAAGCAGCUCCACAAGCUCCACCUUGCUGCAGAAAGUCACCCCCAACAGGCAAUCAGGAUAAAGUACAAGCGCUUAAAAGGCGGCUGCUAG